AUGAAGACACCAUCACCACCAUCACCACUAUCCAUCCUCUUUACAACCCUCCUCUUCAUCCUUCCCGCACUCGCCCAAUUCCAAUUCUUCGACCAAAUGUUCAAUCAACAGCAACAGCAACAACAACCUCAAAAUGCCGGUAGCGAUUCGCUUUGGUAUAGGCAACAAUAUGAUGCUGUCCAUUGCGAUAAAUACCUAUGCCCUCAAACCCUGAGUUGCGUCCACUAUCCUCACCACUGUCCUUGCGCGUUCCCGGAGUUGGAAGAUAAAGUGGAAUUGGAUGAUGGGAGUAUGAUUUGUGUCUCUAAAGGUGGGUACAAGGCUGGAGAGGCGGGGAGGAAGAUCCAGUUGGCUAGGAAAGGGUUAUUGUAA